UUAAAGGAAGACGUUCAGACACACGGGUCACACCUCAUUCGGCUCAGCCACCGAAAUUUUAAAUUUCACAUUUUUUUAAAAAGCUUUUUUUUUAAUUUGCUCGUAAUUAGCUUCGAUAAUUACACGAUUUUUACAAAUCAUCAUGCUAAUUUGAAUGUCUCUUGCAAAAAUAAUUUGUGGAGCACAUGCUAUUUAAAAUAGUGACAAGUGUCAGAUUGACGUGUUAAUUAUUUUAUAUUUUUUUUAAUUAUCAAUUAAUUUAAUUAUUUAAAUUUGAAUACAAAUGCAGGGUAAAAAGUCUACAGGAUUUAAAGUUAAUAAGGAAUAUUUUUUUCAAUUACUUCCUGGAGGAAAUUUAAAAUUUUUAUUUUUUAUUACAAGUGAUUAUUUUUAAAAUAAAUAAAUAGUCCGGCUAAUGAAACUGAUGGGUAGAAAAUUGAAUGACAGUUAAAAGUGAAUUUAUUUUAAAAUUGGUUUUAAAAAAUAUAUAAAUAUUUAUUUAAAUGAAGUAAAUGUCAAAAGUGUGAAGUAACAAUUAGUAACCGCAAACAAUCACAAACAUUAAAUGUAUAAUAAACGAAUAACCACAGCGCAAAUUUAAUUUUCAUUUAAAUCAGCUUCGAAAAAUAACAAAAAACUUUAUCUGAAAUUCAUUAAAAGACAAACUGAAUAUAAAAGUUGAUAGAUGUAAAAAAUGUCGAGAAGAGAGCAAGAGCUGCUAAAGGAUUCGAUUAAAUCUACAAGUCGCUGAUGCAUUUGUAAGCGGAUUAGCGAAAUGGUACUUGUACUCACUAGUGUCAUUGGUGUAAAUUACAUGGCAGCAUAACAAAGAUGUAUGAGUAUAAAUAAAUCUCGGGAUGCUUUCAGCGGGUGAAAAAAAAUUUUUUACUGUAAAAUAAAAAUAGUUGGAGUGUAAAAAAUUUCUAGCGAUUAACGGAGCGAAUUUAAAAUGUCAGCAUGUCGUAUUGCUGUCGAUUGCGGGGUCGGUGGUGGAGGCGGUGGAACGACACAGGCAAUGAAAUUUUGUUUUUAUAUCCAUGUAUUCUGAAUGGCAACUGCCUCUGAAUAAAAUAAAAGCGCUAACGCGUGGGCUUGGUAAAUAAAAAUAUCGUAAAAACGCCAACUGAUCUUGGUCCUAGAUGUCUAAAAAAAACUGACCGGGACCGGGUAUCAAGUGAAGAUGGAAUAAAAUUAUAUAUAACGGGAAUAAAAGUAGCCAGAGUGCAAAGGGGCGCUUGGGAUGCUUCAAUGCAUUGGCUAGUAUCGUAUGGAGGGGAAGGAAUUGAAUACGGAAACAACUUGGCUACAGACGCCGACUACAACUCAAGAUCCCGAGGACUUUUUUCAGGGAUUCCCAGGAAAAAAUUCCUCAUUCACAGCUCUUCAGGCAAUAGCAAUAGCCCUGAUACUGGGCGUUAUCGUGAUAGGAACGGUGAUAGGUAACAUUUUGGUCUGUGUGGCGGUAUGCCUUGUCAGAAAGCUGCGGCGACCCUGCAACUACCUACUUGUCAGUCUUGCGGUGAGUGACCUCUGCGUUGCUAUUUUGGUGAUGCCGAUGGCCCUUCUCUACGAAAUACUCGGCAGCUGGUCAUUCGGUCCCAUUUUAUGCGACCUAUGGGUCAGCUUCGAUGUGCUCAGUUGCACAGCCAGUAUUCUCAAUCUUUGUAUGAUAUCUGUGGACAGGUACUGGGCUAUAACAAAACCCCUAGAGUAUGGGGUAAAGAGGACACCACGGCGUAUGAUAACAUGCGUUGGAUUAGUCUGGUUGGGUGCUGCAUGCAUAAGUCUUCCGCCACUGCUAAUACUCGGGAACGAGCACAAAUUCGUAAUGGGCGCUUGGCACUGUGACGUCUGUCAAAACUUUGGCUAUCAGAUUUACGCGACUCUUGGUAGUUUUUACAUUCCUCUCUUCGUUAUGAUCCAAGUAUACUACAAAAUAUUUUGCGCGGCUCGUAAAAUAGUCCUGGAAGAACGACGAGCUCAGCGUCACCUUGAGGCGCACUGCAACUUGGAGAUAGAACCGCCCGUGGACCACACAAGUAUUAUUAAUCGACCGCUUAAUACAGACAGUCAAACUGCACACAACACUCCAACGAUCAAACAACACCGCAGCUCAAGCGCUUCGACAACGUGUAGUGGGCAUGCAGUAAAAUGUUUCGCGGGCGGUCCCAGAAAAAGUAACGAGUCGCAGUGUCCGAUGUUAAUAAAGACUGAAAAAACGGUUGUCUCGUCAUCGACGACGCUAACAAACACACCUGGCAACAACAAGUCAACGACAGUAAGGAACCAUUUGAAUAGUACCUGCAGCGUAUCAAGUUCUUCGCAUCAGAAAAAGCUCCGGUUUCAAUUGGCCAAGGAACGGAAAGCCAGCACAACCCUCGGUAUCAUAAUGACUGCCUUCACCGUAUGCUGGUUACCAUUUUUUGUUCUUGCCCUAGUUAGACCCUUUCUAUCAGAUCCUAAGGCUAUUCCUAAAUCCCUGUCAAGCCUUUUUCUUUGGCUCGGCUAUUGUAAUAGCCUGCUCAAUCCUAUUAUCUAUGCCACCCUCAAUAGAGACUUCCGCAAACCCUUUCGUGAGAUACUCUGUUGCCGGUGCAGUAAUCUCAAUAACAUGAUGAGGGAGGAGUUUUACCAGAGCCAAUACGGCGAUCCUGUUAAUAAUUAUGUUAUUAAGCCUUGUGAUGAUAACAAUGACGAUAACGAUGAUGACAGUGAGCACCCUGGUCACAACCAUGCCUGCGAAUCUGUCAGUCUCGCUGUCAAUCCUGCUAACGAGAGUUUUCUAUGAUCAACAUCAUUUUAAAAAAAUUAACUCCUGGUAAAUUUAAAUAAAACAAAGCCGCGCCUUUAUUUUCGGAUCCAAAUACGUCUCAGACAUAAAUAUAUAUACAAUAAAUAAAUAAUGUAUCUGUCUCUUCGUUACCUGAAAAAAAAACAACGUGCAUAUCUCUACACAUAUUGCA